AUGCACAGCGCCACUGUCAAGCUGGAGCUGAGCAGCCUGAAGUUUGAUCAAUACCGAUAUCUUGUUGCCACCCAAAUGGCCGUGUUGGCAAGACGUGAUCCUGACCCGUUCAAAUCGCUGAGCCUUUGGAACAACAACUUGAAGCAGCAAGAUUGGCAUACAUUCCUCCCGGAGUUCCUGCAGGGUGACUUGAGUGGCACAGGGUCUUUGGGUGCGCCAGAUGACAGGCCUGUCAAGAAGUCUUGGCCCAAUGACCCGUAUACCCUGCAAGACAACCAAGCUCCAACUCAAGCCGCUGACAAUGACAAGCCGCUGUGGACUGAGGAAGAUUUCACCUGA